AAUAGGCGCUCAAAUAGCGCAUUUCAAAAUGCCAUUUCAUCCUAGUAUUGAUCGUUUUAAUACAAUCCCUUGAGACAUUACAAGGACAAAAGAUUGGCGCUCAUGAGGUGCAUUUAACUGCUGCGAACAUUUAAAAGGAUAAAAUCUACGAAGGAUUCAUUUUGGUUGACUAAGUGAUUUUUGUAAAUGUUUACAGAAUGCUAUGGUCGGAUGAGCAUUGUAUGCUUCUUUGCCGUGAAAUCUUAGCUGUGGACCCGUUCACUGGCACAAGGAAGGGGUCCAUCCAAAGAGGGGCGAAUUGGAAGGCUAUCGCCCACAAUUUGAUGGCGAUCGAGAAACCGAAAUUCACAGUAGAUGCGCGGGCUGUCCGCGAAAAGUACGCUUAUUUGGCAGGUAAACUUCAGAACAAGUUAAAAGAAGAGGAAAAAGCAAGCGGAAUCGCCACAAAAAUGACUGAAGUUGAAGAGGCAUUGCAGGAAAUUUUUGAGAUUCAAGAUGAAGCUGAAAGAGCACUAAAAGAUGGUUCAAACAGGAAGAAGAAAAAUGAAAAUGCAGAUAGAGCACAGGCAGAAACCAUGAGGAAAAGAGCAAUGGAAUCACUCGGCGAGAGCCUUGGGAAGAAGGGAGAUGAUGCAGAGAAUGGAAAUAAAAAGCAGAAAAGGAGAUCGAAUGGCAGUGACACUCUUAUGUUUUUAAAAGAAAAAAGUGAAAUGAUGCAUGAGAUGAAAAAACAGGAAAUGGAAUUAAAGAAAAAAGAGAUUGAGCUGCAAGACAAAAAACACGAUGAUUUUCUUAGAGUUAUGCUUGCCCAGCAGCAACAACAAGACUUUCAGGCCAUGAUGCUAGCCAUGAUGAAUAAGCUGACACAAAAUUAA